AUGCCUCCUAUUAAGCCGGUUUUAUACACUGACACAAGACAUAAGAGAUAUAUUGACUAUAGAUUCGAAUACCAUAGCUUCUCUUUAUGUUAUUUUGAGUUCAUACCUUGUAUUCACACAUUACCCUUUGGUUAUCCCCUACCCGCGCUGGUCAAGCUUCAGGAUAAUGUCCGUUUUGAGAACCAGCCGUUUGACGAUCCCGAUGGAGUUGCUCCCAUGUUAACUCGCCUCUUCGGCGAAGAUACGACUGACGACACGCUUAAGCUACAAGUCAAGACUAUCGUCUCUAUGAACAACCCAUGGACAGGUCAUCUCGACGGCACCCUGGAGGGGUCUUCUCUUAGGAUGGUAGAACCCGAACGCCGCGGUGGAGAGGACAUUGAAUGGAUUCGCUAUAAGUGGACUUUCCAUGGCGACAAUGGACUUGCAGCGCCUCCUCCUGGUGUUAGCGGCUCUGCUAUAUGGGACGACGAGGGUGUUGUUAUAGGCUUCUUUCAAUAUUAUAUCCCCGACGGAAAUUUGAGAGGAUUUUGUAUCUCGGUUUCAGCGUCACACCUGGCUCGUUUUGGCCAAGGUUAUCAUCUGGCGGUUUGA